ACCCGACUGGUCCGGCCGCCCGGCCCGCACUCCGCCCGGUCCGCCGCCGCCGCCGAGAUGAUGUGCGGAGCGCCCGGCGCCACGCAGCCGGCCACGGCCGAGACGCAGCACAUCGCCGACCAGGUGAGGUCCCAGCUUGAAGAGAAAGAAAAUAAGAAGUUCCCCGUCUUCAAGGCUGUGUCGUUCAAGAAGCAGCUGGUCGCAGGCACGAACCACUUCAUCAAGGUUCACGUUGGCGACGACAGCUUCGUGCACUUGCGGGUGUUUGAAAGUCUUCCUCACGAAAACAAGCCCUUGGCCCUGUCGAACUACCAGACCGACAAAACCAAGGGCGAUGAGCUGAGCUAUUUCUGAUUCCCCGGCUCGAGUGGGGCCCUUGGCCCGCGUGACGGAUGCUCGGGGUGGCUCUCUGUCACCUGCGAGCGUGUGCCUGGGAUCGUAAAGUAACCUCGCCCUCUGCUGUGCUGCCCGGGCUGGGAGGGGCCGUGUCCGGCAGCUCCUCUUGCAUCUCUGCUCCUAAAUGUCACUGUUGAUUUUUUUCAUUCCCAAUCAAUGAUCUUAACUUGGUUAUUUUCAAAGAGGGUUAUAUAUUACCUUUGAAUAUAUAUAUUUUAAGUCUUUACAAAUUA